AUGAAACUGGCACUCCGAGCAUUGAGGCCAGCGGCCAAUCAAAAUAUCAAAUCACCAAAAUUGUGGCAAGAUCCAGUUUUGGGAUAUUUUGAGACACAUGGUUAGUUGUUUUCUUACAAUUUUACAACGCCAUUAAUUAAUAUUUUCUAGGUAAAACCGAAUUCUUGGCUGGCCAUGAAUAUAAUUUGACUGAUGACGAGAAAAAAGCAGUUCUUUGGAGGUAUGGAUUCGAUUUUCAAACUGAAAACAAUACAUUUCAUAAUUAUUUUAGAUAUCGCGUCAAGGAAAUUUUGAAAAAGGAAUACCUCCGUCGUGAAUAUGAUCCACAUAGUUUCAAAUAUAAAGAGGGAGUUACAAUGGAUCCAGCAAUGUUCCGUUGGUAUUCAGCUGAUAUGACUCAAGCUGAAUUCUUCCGUUUCACUCCAAGAACCGUCUUUUUGUAUGUUGGAACCGUUUUUGCUCUUUUCUACAUUUAUACCCGUCUUAUGUUUGUUCCAAUGGUGAGUUUUUACACGUAUUAUUCUGAAAAUACUUGAAUAACUGGUAUUAGAAAUGAGAUAGAAUUGCGAAAAAUGCCGGUUUUUAAAUUAAACAACAUUAUGUGGGGCGUGAGAUAAAAAAAUAUUUGAAACCAGCAUGUGUAAUUCGGAAAACAAAAACUUUCUAGGACAAAUCCAACGAAGAUUGUUUGGACGGUAAAAUUUUGUGGUGGGAUCGCCAACAAGGAAGAACUCUUCAAACUGGAGGUUCUGGACUUUUUGCUCCAACCAUUGGUAUCGACUUCUAA